CCUGGGAAGCCCUGGAGUUCUCGCUCAGCUUGUGGGUAAGAGGGCUGAGCUUGAGUGCACGACUUCUUGGCUUGGAGAGAAGAUGGAGAGGUCCAAGCUGGAGAAAUUCAGGAGUCCGAGCAGGGGGAACGGACUCCGGGCUCUGGUUCCGCUGCGGCCCGGGGAGCUGCUCUUCAGGUCGGAGCCCUUGGCUUACACUGUGUGCAAAGGGAGCCGGGGCUUAGUGUGCGAGCGCUGCCUGUGCAGGAAAGAAAAGCUGCUUCGAUGUUCUCAAUGCAAAGUUGCCAGAUAUUGUGGCUCAGAAUGUCAGAAACAAGCUUGGCAGGAUCACAAGCGAGAAUGUAAAUGCCUUAAGAGCUCAAAACCCAAGUUUCCUCCUGACUCUGUCAGACUUCUUGGCAAAGUUGUUUUCAAACUACUGAGAGAAUCAUCUUGUGCCUCUGAAAAACUCUACUCCUUUUUUGAUAUGGAGUCAAACAUUCAGAAUCUAAGUGAAGAAAAGAAGGAGGGCCUCAGGCAUCUUGCUGUGACGUUGCAACUUUACUUGAAAGAGGAGAUCCAAAAUGCCUCUCAACUGCCACCUGCCUUUGACGUUUUUGAAUCCUUCGCAAAACUGCCAAGUCCCUGUAGACUACAUCAUGCAGAGAUCAAAAAUGGUGCCAUCCUAUCCUCAAGGUGCUUACAUCUGGUGAUCUGUAACGGUUUCACCAUCAGUAAUGGAGAGAUGCAGGAAGUUGGUGUUGGCCUGUAUCCUAGCAUGUCUUUGCUGAACCACAGCUGUGACCCAAACUGUGUGAUUGUGUUUGAGGGACCCAGCCUCUUCCUUCGUGCGGUCCGAAACAUCAAGCCGGGAGAAGAGCUUACCAUCUGCUACCUUGAUGUGCUGAUGCCCAGUGCAGAGAGGCAGAAACAGCUGAAAGAACAGUACUGCUUUGAUUGUGACUGUCCCCUAUGCAAAACUCAAUCCAAGGAUGCUGACAUGCUAGCAGGAGAGGUGCAAGCUUGGAAGGAAGUUCAAGGUUCCUUGGAAAAAGUUGAAGAUCUCCAGUCACAAGAAAAGUGGGACCAGGUUCUGGCUAUAUGCCAGACUCUUAUAAAUAACUAUGGAGAUCGUCUCCCAGACAGAAACAUCUAUCAGCUAAAGAUGUUGGACUGCGCAAUGGAUGCCUGUAUUAAUCUUGGUCUGUGGGAGGAUGCUUUGCUCUAUGGAAGCCGAACCCUGGAACCAUACAGGCUCUAUUACCCGGGCUUUCAUCCCGUCCGAGCGGUCCAGGUGAUGAAACUUGGCAAACUCCAGCAGCACCAAGGCUUGUAUCCUCAAGCCCUGGUGACCUUGAAACAGGCUUUUGAGCUUAUGAAAAUGACACACGGCAGAGACCACAGCCUGGUAGAAGACCUGAUGCUGCUUUUGGGAGACUGUGAGGCCACUCUUCGAGUGGCAUGAGUGGACCUGACCCUAGGCCACAAGACCAUGACUCUGAAGUGAAGGAAAGAAGGCUGACCAUUUCAGGCCUUGAUUGUCUGGGUUAGAUCAUAAACAUUGGCUUUCUGUUUGCUGUGUGAACCUCACCUCUCAAAAAUGCUGUGCUAUGUUUAUCUAGGUGCCUAGUAUUGUCCGGUGUGGUUUGCAAAUAACAGGAACCACUGAGUUAGAAGGAAACUGAAUUAUAAUAAACAGAAGGUUUGGUAGGCAACACCA